CAGUGUUCUCCUAACUUUACUUUGUAGCUACAAGCUGAUGAACCGAGAGGCUGGGAGCCAGCAGCUGUGUGAGUGAGUAAUGCAGUAAGCUAUGAGUGUAUGUAUGUGUUAGAGAGGGAAGCAAGAGUUAUAGUUAUAGGGUUUGUAAUUUGGUUCUCUGACUCAACUUAAGGGUUGUAAGGUUGUUGGUAUAAAAAGGAUGUAGGGUUAUCUUUAAUUUCAUUUUAAUUCUGUUUUGUUAGGAAAUACAUUUUAUUGUUUCAUUGAUAGAUUUAGCUGUAAUUGUUGGUAUAUUUUGUGCUGAUAUUCAGAGCUCUGUAAAAGUGUAAGAAUAUGGGUGGAUGAGCAGUUUGAUUCAUGGUAUUUACUGAUAAAAACAUAAUUCUAUGUUUUGUUGAUUUAUAACUCAGAUAUUGAACUUUCAACAUUUUGCUGUAGCAGGCUAUUUUCAAAGGAGAUAUUUUCUAUCAAAAGGUUGAACUUUUUUUCAUCAGUCAUCAGUAUUUAAAUUGAAGAAGAUCAUUUUAGAGUAGGGGCAAAGAAUUACACCACCUUAUCUCAGUAGUUUAUAGUGGGUGUUAGACAUGCCCUUUUAAAUGCUGGACAGGACAGUAAUAUCUCACACAGUCAUGCUGCUGGCUCUACUGCUGGUUCUGUGUCUUGCUUCUGGGGCCCAGUCUUCAGACCCGGCCCCAAUAACAGUUAUGUACAGAGUCUGGGAGGAGCAGCCUGUGGGCACCAGGGUCGGCCAUCUGGUCGAUGACCUGCGUCAGAGAGGCGAGACAGAGGCAUUGGAGGAUUUCCAGGUCGUGGAGCAUGGUCAAGCCCUGCCUUUCUCCAUCGGAGCGAGCGACGGAACUCUCUCCACUCUGGGACAGCUGGACCGGGAGGAGUUGUGUCGAGGCUCGGACCUGUGUGAGUUGGCCUUCAGUGUCCUCUACAGGAAAGGUGGUGCUAUCCACUUUCUGAGGGUGCGGGUGGAGGUGAUGGACCUGAAUGACCACAGCCCCACCUUCCCCAGUGGCAAGCAGGAAUUGGAGAUCUCUGAGACGGCCACGUUGAGGAUGCGGAUUCCCCUGGACCGAGCCGUGGACCCAGAUGCCGGCCCCAAUGGACUGCAGACCUACUCACUGUCCGUUAACCAGCACUUUGCCCUGGAUGUAAGGAGCACUGCGGAUGGGCCAAAGCAAGCAGAGCUGGUGGUGAUAAAGGAGCUGGACAGGGAGGUGCAGUCCUCCUUCGAGCUGACUCUGGUGGCCUGGGACAAGGGGAACCCUCCCAGGUCGGGCAGUACUCUGGUCAGAGUCAAAGUCUUGGACUCUAACGAUAACAGCCCCAUGUUUGAGGAUGGCACCCCCACCGUGGAACUAACUGAGGACACAGCCCGUGGAACUAUUGUCAUCAACCUCAAGGCCACGGACCCUGAUCAAGGGGCCAAUGGGGAGGUUGAGUACUCUCUAAGCAAACAUGCUCCACCUGAGGUGCAGAAGCUUUUCAGUGUCCACCCCCAGAGUGGGGCAGUGACCUUAAAAGGCGAACUGGACUAUGAGGACAAACACUCUUAUGAGGUGGACAUCCAGGCUCGCGAUCUUGGGCCCAACGCCAUCCCCUCUCACUGUAAACUACACGUCAAGCUGAGGGACGUCAAUGAUAAUGCACCAAGGAUCCACGUGACUUGGACACCUCCUGAUUCCCCAGUGGCAACUGUUUUAGAGGGUGCACCGGAGGACACAUUCCUUGCACUGGUGAUGGUCUCUGAUGCAGACUCCGGGGACAAUGGGAAUGUGCACGCCAACAUCUGGCACGGAUCAGGCCACUUCCGCCUCAAGAAAAUCCAUGGCGACAACUACAUGAUCGUAACCAAUGGCACCCUGGAUCGCGAAAAGGUCAUGGAGUAUAACCUCACGUUACUUGCCCAGGAUUAUGGUGACCCUCCACUGUCAUGUGUUAGAUACCUAGUUGUCCAUGUGUUGGAUGAGAAUGACAAUGCCCCUGUGUUCUCCAAGUCCCACUACAGGGCUUCCUUCAAGGAGAACAAUGCCGUAGGCCUACAGGUCCUCAAGGUAGAAGCUAAUGAUGUGGACAUUGAGCUCAGCGGCAGGGUGUCCUACUCCAUCCGAGAGUCCAAUGAACUGGGAACUCCCACGGCGUCUUUUGCCAUCCACCCCAUCAGUGGCGUAGUCAGCGCCCAGCAGUCAUUGGACUAUGAGGAGUCUCCAACCUACUCCUUCAUCGUGGAGGCCAUAGACCAUGGGCAUCCACCCCUCACCAGCACUGCCAUGGUACUCAUCGAGAUCCAGGAUGUCAAUGACAACUACCCCGUCAUCAAGGAGCCAAUGCCAAAGAAAGGCAUAGCCUUUGUGAGCGUACCUGUCAACGCAGAGAAGGGGGAGAUGGUGACAGAGCUAGGGGAUGGUGCUGAAGAAGGCUCCACCUAUCCUCCGAUCGAUCGCUCUGCACAAAAUGGACUUUCAGGAUUCCUGGCCACUACCAUCAAGGCCAACGAUCUAGACUCUGGCCUCAAUGGAAGACUCAGCUACAUGAUCACAGAUGGAAACCCCACAGGACUGUUCAGACUUGACGACACUACUGGACAACUGUAUGUUAACACGACCAAUGCGACAGAGCUCAUUGGGAAGACUUUCAAAGUGGAUAUCGCUGUAUCGGACAAGGGCUCUCCAAGGCUAGUGACAAAGGUCACCUUGGAGGUGACUUUCGUCAACUUGCGGGACCAUCUGAAGAACUCAGCCCCUGGUAACCGUGGCCAUCUGAGUUUCACCAUGAUGAUGGCCAUAUGCCUUGGGGCCAGCUGCCUCCUGCUUCUCCUGGCUGUUGCCCUGGUGACCACCUUCUGUAGACCCACGAAACGAGACAACCAUGCCUACAACUGCAGGAUGGCUGAGUCCACCUACACGCGUCACCCUCGCCGUCCACAGAAGAACAUCAGGAAGACGGACAUCCAGCUGGUGCCAGUCCUGAGGGGACGAAGGGAGGACCCUCCGGAAGACGAGGAUGAAGCCCAGCCCCUCUCCCCUAUGCCCCUGGUGGUUGAAGAGCAGCAAACCGAAAGGCAAUACAGCAUAGCCACCUCCAUGCACCCAACAGUCCACUCCCAGGCCUACCCUGAUGGGGGCGCAACGCUGCCAGUCUCCCAUACCAGAACACUCAGGAAACCUGGGAGCAUCGAGCUGGACGGCACUCUCCCUCAAACACCCACCACUCCUUACCGAACCCUGCGCAAGGCAAGAAACCCUUCGUUGUCCUCCUCACUCUCUCAGAACAGCACCCUGAGGAGACAUGGGAACUCUGAGAUCCAGGCUAGGCCUGACGUUGAAGAGCCAGAACCAUCCUCCCCAGUGUCCCAGGUAGCAACACUUAGAAAGUCCAAGAACACAGACACCAGAGGUGGACAUGAUGCUGAAGACCACAGACGGAUACUGAGGAACUUAGUCCGUCUCUCCAUGGCUGCCUUCGGAGACAACUCCAUCGAGCUGUCUGCUGCCUCUCCAGAAGUACAGCAGAUCUCCCAGCUCCUCUCCCUGCUCCACCAGGGCCAGCUGCAGCCGAGACCCAACUUCCGAGGCAACAAGUACUCCUAUCGCGCUGGCAGGACCGGCGUUCAGGACACUGAUUGUCAGAGCACCAAGGACAGUGGCCAUGGCGAGAGUGAAGCCGGAGACAUGGACUGGGACACGGGCCGAGACUCCCCUGUCAACCUGCUACUGGAGGAGGACCUUAACAACCUGCUCAACAACCCUGAUGACGUCUUUGCUGACAUAGAGGACCCUGCAUGGAUGGCCCGCCUCUCCCUCCCACUCACUGCAGACUACCACAAGAACAUUUUUGUCCCCGACGGGCCACCGUCCUCCGACACCCAUUGCUCCCCAGACACCCUUGACGACUCCUCCUUCUCCACCUUCGGCAAGACGCCGGAGAAGGAUGGCCCGCUGGGCGGGGCCUUGCUCUCCGAGGUCAACACCUUGUUUAACAUGCUCCUGACCCAGAAGGGCGACUCCCAAUCACGCCCCUCGCCAGAUGUGCUCUACAGAUUGUCUGCCGCCUACCGGCGCUCGCUGGGGCUGGACGGAGCUGCCAAUGCGCCACGGAACUCUGGGAACCCCGAAAAUACGUCCCCUCUGGCUCAUUGCUCGGCCCAAUUCCCUUAGGCCUUGUCUUAACAUGGUUACGUCAUGGAAUUCAGUCUAAAAGAAGUUGUAAAAAAGACAGUCUCUACAAGCCAGAAUGUUGAAUACAAUGAUAUUCAAACGUACGUUGCCGGUUGUCUGUGCUGUUGGUCCUUUUGGCAGUAGGAAGUGUAGAUAGGGUAUCCACAGGAAAGUGUUGUUUACACAGCUUUUUGCCACGCCAUUAGUUUCUGUCACUUGUAUUUUCCAUCUCCUGAUGCAUUUCAAGUGAUGCACAAUAUGUCAACAUUAGCCGGAUGUAACUGAAUGUUGUUGACCAAAGCGCAUUACUUCAAAAGCAGCUUGAAGUGCUUGUGAAAUUUGCCAGAUGAUUACGUGGGACAACGUUUGGUCUGUGGCAUCUUUUACAUAUUGUGCAUGUCGCUUGCCGAUUUCGUCAGCAUUGAAAAUACAAAGCAACAUACAGACCAACGUACUGAAAGUUGGGUUGAUAACACUACUCUGUGGAUAUUUUGUCUCAGAUGACCUCCUACAUCAGGACAAAAUCAGCAGACAACAGGUAAAUUACAUUCAGAUGAAGUUUAUUCAACAGUCUGACUUGUGAUGUGACUGUUCACAAAAAGGGAGCCUACAUGUUAGAGACGAGAGUCGUCCACUCUUGGAUUCGUAGAGGCUAUCUUAGACCCAACUCCUGGUUUGAAAACAGUUGCAUCAACUUCAUUUGAUUGGUUCCUGUGUGUUAGGGCUAUUUAGAAUGUCCAGUAUGUUCUUACAAUCCCCCCCAAACCGGUGACUGUGUUUUCCUUUUUGCUGUGGUUGCAGAAAUGACUGAACUGCUCAAGCUUACAACAGCAACCUCUUCUCCUAACAUAUCCCCAUUAGGAGAUGUCAAUUACACUAUUAGCCCCAGACAGACUGCUUCCCUGUCUGGAACAAGCCAAGGCCAGAAAAGGGAGAGGAGUUAACCUAAGGUCUUUGUUCAGUGCUGGAACACGGUCAAUGCACUAUACAGUACUCCCUACAUAGCACAGUGUACAUUUAGCUUGAGAUAAAUGUUACACAAGUAAACUGUUUCCCUCAUGUGGCACAUUCUCCCCUGUAUCAUUCUGAUAAACACUUCUGACCAGAGAGAGAGAGAGUUAAUCAGUGGGAGCAACAACACGGUGCUAUUCUUUAUUAGCGUUGUCCAUGGUAUGAAUGGCUGAGUUUGGCAACCCAAGCAAAGAGUCCAAGAAGGAAAUGGCUCUUUGUCUUUUCUUAAGAGAAAACACUAGCGAAACUAAGUCCUGUUCCUGAGGAUGUCUGCCGCCAUUUCCUUCAACUCCAUUUUGAGAAAUGUCUCCAUUGUUGAUUACUAUUUGUAUUUACUCAAGUAAAUUCCUUAGCUACUGAAAAAUGUAAUAUUUACAGAGGUAAAUAUGCUGUUUAUUGAGGUCUGUGUAAGAAAACAUAAACAGGAUUUGGUUUUAGAUAUUUGAAUGGCUGUAAAAGUGUUAUAAAUUAACUUUUUUGACAAAAGGUGUAAUUUGUAACCUUGCUUGGGAGAAUAUGGCAUUUUUUUGGCCAUAAAUCAAACCAGCAGCACUUUGUACAUACUAUUUUCUAAAACAUUUAAAUAAAAUUGUUUGAAAACAGCAUCAUGCUCAUUUCAUCCUACAAAUUCCACGAUGUUGAGGAUUUUGACUUUUUUUUUUUAAAUUUGAUUUUCUUUGGGUGAGAACAUGGAGACUCACUGCAAAAAGAACAUAUCUAGGAAAAACCUUUGUAAGACAACGACCUCUGGUGCUUUUUCCAUGUAAUUUUUGUAUAUUGACUCGUGAUGAACCAGUAGCUGGAGUUUUCCUUAUUCUUCAUAUACCAAGGCCUUAUUGGAAUUCUUUCAAAGUGCAUCCUUCAUUACUCCCUUUCUUGAACAAAUAAUGGGCUUGAUUAAAUCCGUAUUGCGGAAGUUCUGCGUUACAGCACGAUUGAAAUGUAAAGGUAAUUCCAGAUUGAGCUGACAUGUGAUGCUGUCUCUGCCAACGCGGGAACACUCUUUACAUUUGCAUUUACGCAAUACGGAUUGAAUAGAGCCCUCAGACUAGACAUGACUGGACAGGUGAACGCAAGUGUGCCAGUACCAGAUGCUUCUCCUGAGGGUAAACUGAGUAAUUGUUACAUGUUUUCAUAGGCAACGGGAUCUACAUUAUAAGAAUAAACAAUGUUAAAAUUUGACAUCUUUAUGUAUGGGACAUUGAAGUUAUUUUGAUGGUAACAAUAUUGUUUGUU